UUGAAUUCACGUAGUAAAAAGGUAUUCAUUCAAUCCGCACCCACACUUAAAUAGCCAUCCUAAACCUACCAUUCUGAUGCCCUUGACGCUGAAUUUUUUUGGUCAUUAACACACAACUGUUUCAUUUAUUAAGUGAAUUUAUACUGCAAUUUCUUUCAUCGUUCGAUAAUAAGCUCCCAAAAGCCAUUUGUUGAAGAGCGUUGUCGACUGUACUUUAUUCCCUUCUCUUUCUUGUCAUCACGUAUAGAUAUAGCACGAACUUUGCUGCAAUUUGAAUUUUUGUCAAUAAGGAUGUUAAAAAGAGAAAUCCUUGAAGAAAUAAAGCAAGUUUCUGCAAAGAUUUUCGGAACGAACUAUAAAGCAAACAACUCUCGGGCUGGAAAUAAAUUUCUUCAAAGAAAGCUACAUGGUCCUCGUUUGGCAAACUAUUAUCCAUCAAAGGUUCCCAUUUCACGAAUGAGAGAAAUUAUUGGGCUGCCUAUACCAAAUGGUCAGCAUACUUUACGAAUGGAAGUACUUGAAGAAAAAGCACGUAAAGGCAAAGGGCCCGCUAAGCGUGGAAGCAAAUAAUCGAGUAUCCGACUCUGUCUUCGGCCAACUUACAGAAAAAGAAUCGCAUUACAUUUUAUCUUUUCCUUCAGAAUAUCAAGCUACCUUUACUAAUGGUUUAUUUUUUCUAAAAGGUGGUCUUCUCAUAAUCAUGUAUCAAAUAAAAUAUAUCUAUUUUCUAAGAUGAAUGAAUAUGCAUAGCUUAUAUUACCCA